AUCUCCUAUCCAAAAAUGCGCAGGGGUGCGUAUUGAUCCUCAGGUGGGCCACCACAGCCGUUCCCCAGGACCACGACUCUGACCAUGACCGCAUCACCAUCUAACCCCCCAGCGCACCACUACCACCAGGCACCAGCCCCUCAAUCUUCUCCUCUCUCUCUCUCUCACCUCUGCCCUCUCCCACCCACUAUUCCCCAAUCUUCUAAAACCCUAAAUUCAAUUCCCAAUUCCCCCCAACUCUCCCUCUCUCUCUCAGAGCUGAGCCAUGUCGGGUGUUGCUGCUGACCGCGGCGGCGGGAUCUACUGGGGUAGAAAGGAGGUAUCCGAAUCCAAAGGCAUCGCCGUCAUCUUCGCCUGGGUUUCGAUUCCCGAGCGGCGCCUCAAGAGCUACGUCGAUUUGUAUUCCUCUCUCGGUUGGAACUCCCUUGUCUGCCACGCCCAUUUCCUCCACGCAUUCUACCCCGAAAGAGCGAUGUCGUCGGCGUUUGAUAUCCUCAAUGAGCUUCUGGAGGAGCUGAGGAUAAAGCCGUGUCCUGUAGUUUUUGUGGGUCUUUCGGCUGGUACUAAAGCUUGUAUGUACAAAGUUUUUCAGAUCAUUGAAGGAAUUUGCGAAGGCCAGCUAUAUCCGGGUGAAUAUCGAUUGGUGAGGAAAUGUAUUACUGGACACGUCUAUGAUUCUGGACCCGUUGAUUUUACAACUGACCUUGGCACACACUAUGCUCUACACCCAACCAUUCUUAAGAUGCCUGGUUCAUCAAAGUUGGUCUCGUGGGUUGCUAAAGGAAUUGCUUCAGGUUUGGAUGCUCUUUAUCUUACUCGAUUUGAAUCCCAGUGGGCCGAGUAUUGGCAGGCUCUGUAUUCCUCAGUCAAUUUGGGUGCUCCAUUUCUCAUUUUGUGCUCUGAUAAAGACGAACUCGCUCCGUAUCAUGUCGUCUGCACUUUCAGUCAACGUUUACAAGAGUUCGGAGGUGAUGUCAAACUUGUGAAAUUGAGUGGUUCCCCUCACCUAGGUCAUUAUAAGAAUUAUCCUAUACAAUAUAGGUCUUCUGUUACUCAUUUUCUUGAGAAGGCAGCUUUGAUUUUUUCGCAAAGAAUUCAAAAGCUUGAAUGGGAAAUGACUAGCAUGGAAGGCAUGCAUGAUGAGAUAUCUGAACUAAUAUGUGAUCUCCAGAAAGCUGCUGUUAACUCUAAUGAGAGUCUCAGAAGAGUUGCAGUUGAGCCAAGCGAUCACUUCUUCUUGCCAAGUUCAGCAGAGAAUCAAAAUGGUACAGACUCUGGGUCGCUACAAGAUGAACAGAAAGAAAGAUCAGUCUGUCUGUCUAAGCCUCCAAGCCUUAGUCCACAUAGUGUACUCGGUAAAGUCCUGUUUGAUGUUUGUGUCCCUAAGAAUGUUGAUGGUUGGGAUAUCAAAUUCUGUGGGUCUUUGAACGGGCAGCCAUUUGCUUCUGCUCGAAGGAAUUCACCUCCUCGUGGUAUCAAAGGCCUCCGUCGCUCGAGAUUAUGAUAUCGCUCUGAGGUCAGUGUUUAAUAGAACUCUGCUAAAAUUGGCAUGGUGCUCGAGAUUAGUAGGAUAGGACGAUGCACAGAGGAUCAGUGGUAGCAACUUGAGCAUUGGAGGUGAGGUCUGCCUUUUCUGACAUAAUAUGUAGUAUUUGGUUUAGAUGCAUGCUCAACUAGGUAUUUCUCCAUCAUAGAUCAAAAUACGGACAUGUACAUAGGACAAUGGAUCCGAUGCGGGCGUCACACUUUCUUCAGAACCAGCCAGCCCGUAUAUGUAAUAUAAUACAUGUAUGUUUAAGACAGAUUUUGUUAAUCUUGAGUCACCAAAUGAUCAAAAUGUAUAGUUGAUCUUGAUGGUGGAUGAGGUUACGUUGUAUAUCACGUUGGACCGGGAGUCUGGGAUGAGAAGCUUGUUCCUGAAGAUAUUAGGCUGUAGAGAAAGAUGUUUUACUUGACGCUUGACAAUGGCAUUAGUAGUAUUCUCUCUUUUAGAUGUUUGCUUGCGACCAUAUUAUAUGUACGUUGUUAGAGGAGAAUAUCAAGCUUAA